UGUCAACCACAACACUCGGCUCUCUUCUGCUCUUUCCACAGAGACACUCUCCGCACCUGACAUUCCUAACCGGACUACCUUCUUGCACCAUCGCCAGCAUGCAUCAUAUCAAAGAUGCUUUCGGGCACCUAAAGAACAAGAACAAUCAGCAGCCUCUUCACCACAGCCAUCAAGGUGGAAGCUACCCAGGCAGCCAGAUUCAACAACCCACACGGCCGCUAAAUCCAAACCUGCCGAACGACCAUCAUGAGCAAAGUCCACUUUCUGGAACUACCCAAGGAGCUAUCGACGUUUUUAUGGCUUCCAAACAACCCAAUGGCGAGAUUGGCGGUAUAGGGUACUGGCAGACUGCCAAUGGGUACACGUGCAUUGCUCUACGAGACGCAUGGUCUGGAAGUAAUCGCAAUGCUACACUGCUUAGAGAUCGCCUCUCCACGGUGGAACACCAUCAUAAGCAUUUCAUCAAUGAAUUUAAUGAUGAUACUCUGUGGUGGGGAAAUUGUCUACUUGAUGCAUACAUGACAAACCCAGACCCGUACUAUGUGGACAACGCUGUCAAGAUCUGGCAGCAUGUCAGACGUAGUAUGCUAUCACCUGGUCAGGCGAAGGUCAGAGACAUGGACAUGGCUGGCGCGGUCAUGUGGACUACUCGCCCGAACGAGGACCAGGUUAAUGCUAUCAGCACUGGACUCUUCUCCGAACUUUCUGCGCGUCUCGCGCUGCUCCAGAAACCAGGAAGAGAAACUGCAGAGAUGCUUGAUGCAGCUGAGAAAAGCUUUGCCUGGAUUGAACGCUGUCGUUACCGUUCGAACGAGUGCAUAGUCCUUGACACGAUCAAGCUCAAGUCACAAGAGUGCGUCGAUUGGACUUUUACAUACUGCACUGGACAAGCUAUCGCAGCGGCUACUGCCAUCUUUGCAACACUCAGCUUCGGUCAGCAAGGCUCUCAAUGCAACAAAUCUCCGCACGAGUACCUCUCUUUGGCUUGCAACAUGGCUCGUAAAGCCAUCUGCCGAAACGGUUGGGUCGAGAAGGAUGGUAUUUUGACAGAGCACGGCAGCUACGGUAAAGGCAACCAUGAACCUUGGAAGAACGACGACGCAGUCGGCUUCAAGUCUGUCUUGCUGCGCAGUCUGGCCAAACUGCUCAAGGUCUUGCGCGAUACCAAUCAAGAGCCGGACUUGCAGCAUCAAUUGACCGAGUUCAUCAUGAAGCAAUUCGACAGCUCGCAGAAGAACAACACAAACGGAAACAAUCAGUAUGGACCCUGGUGGGCAGGACCGAUGGAGAUGCCAACAAGUCACAGUCAGAUGGCUGCAUUGGACAUCAUGGCAGCUAUCCAUCUUGUUCGAAAUUAGACAACCUCUAUGCCAAAGAUUAUGCAUGUAAUGCACAAGCCUCGGAACACUUUCCAGUCGCCACCAUAAUUGAUUACACCAAGUGCUCUUCAGCAAAAGAUAGACAACCACCUGAACAUGGGCAAAAAGGAAAUCUCCUCUCUCUGAGUCGAACAAAGGACCUUCUGAUGACAAUUAACAAUUACAGUCAGACGCUCUAAACCAACUGAGCUA